AUGGGUUCCCCGGAGAAGGCCAGAGGGAAGAGGGGCACUGCAGAAAUAUCUUUAAGCGCGUUGUUUAGGUUCGCCGACAGGGUAGAUUUUUCGCUGAUGCUAUUAGGCACCCUGGGAGCCAUUGGAGAUGGCUGUUCGACCAAUUGUCUCCUUCUCUUUGCUAGCAGUGUAAUGGAUAGUUUAGGGUUUGGCGAGGCCCAAGGAAACCAGAACAAUUUUAUGCAUGAAGUUGAUAAGGUGAGGAGAACUAAGAGUCUUACUGUUGUUGUAGACUAAGAUUUCCUGACGAGACCAAAGUUCUGUUCGUUUCUGUCUGUCCCAAGACCUCACCUGUUAAUUUGUUUCUCUUCUGCCUUCCGUCCUAUGCAGUACUGCCUUUAUUUCCUGUAUCUCGCAUUGAUCAUCCUGGUGGUAGCCUUUAUGGGUAUGUUUUGGCGCUUCUCUCUCUCUCUCUCUCUCUCUUCUCUCUCUCUCCCUCGCUCUAUAUAUCCAUCUAUCAAUUUCUAUCUCUAUCUUUAAAAUCUCUUUAUCUCUUUGUUAUCUACAUCUAAUUUCCAAACGCCUCUAGCCUUCGUUUAUACAUUAAGUCAGGGAGGAAUUUAUUUGUGUAGAAGGCUAUUGCUGGUGUAGAACAAGCGAAAGGCAGGUGUUGCGUCUACGAUACAAAUAUGUGCAAGCAGUUCUCCGACAAGAAGUUGGGUUCCUCGAGGCUCAGGAGGCGGCUACUUCAGAGAUUGUCAACAGCAUAUCACAGGACACCACUCUCAUACAGGAAGUCCUUGGUGAAAAGGUACCGCUGUUCUCUCCCCUAAGAAUUGAAGGCUCACCUUAUUUGAGAAGGAAAUCUGAAUCAGUUUUUAUGAAUAAAUUUAUUCAAAAAAACAGUUUUGCGUUAUACCAGGUUAGUUAACUAAGCCUUGUAGAUGGCAUUAAAGUCGUCCUUUGUUACUUCUCCUUGACCUCCUUUGAAGAGUCUUCUCCGAGAACAUCACUCCUCUACGCCUUCAGGUACCCGUAUUCGUUAUGCACUGCUCGGUGUUCUUCUCGGGAUUAGUCUUCUCCGCAUACUUCUCGUGGAGGCUCUGUGUGGUGGCCUCCCCCCUCGUUCUCCUGCUGAUCAUCCCGGGGCUCCUCUACGGCAAGUAUCUGGUCCACCUUUCCCGCAAGUCUCACGGAGAGAACUCCAAGGCGAACGCCAUCGUGGAGCAGGCUGUGAGCUCCAUCAAGACCAUCUACUCCUUCACUGCUGAGGAGAGGAUCGUGGGGAGAUACGCCGGCAUUCUGGAUAGAACGGUGAAGCUGGGACUCAAGGAAGGUAUUGCAAAGGGCCUUGCCGUCGGUAGCACGCGGCUCUCCUUCGCCAUAUGGGCCUUCCUGGCUUGGUAUGGGAGUAUGCUCGUUGUUAGCCAUGGAGAGCGCGGUGGAAGGAUAUACGCUGCAGGGCUCUCCUUCGUGCAAGGUGGACUGUAUGUGAUUCGCCCCUUCCCACUCCGUUCUCGUCUUUUCAUUGACCCCGCCGACUAUCCAUAUUCUUGCCGUACAUUUGUGUUCCAUGCAUUCAGACCUCUCAAAACAUGAUUACGUGCUUAUAAUCACAUAAGACCUAAAGUUAGGCAAAGAGGGACAGUAUUAUAAUGCUGAUUUCUGUCGCCGAUUGUGUAUAAUAAGAGUAUUAAAAUACAAACUUUCUCACUAAGUCAUACAAUUUCUGUGUUCGAUUUGUUAGCUGAAUGAUCCUAAAAAGGUAAUUAGUAAAUUAUCACUUUUUAUUUAAGGAAAAUUUGGACUUCAGAGCACAUAAUUUCCCAGUUUGGUCUCUAAAUCAUUGUAUGUUUACUAGCAUUAUAAAAGGAUUAUGAUGUAUGUAGUCUCAUACACAUGAGAAAUGAAUGCCUAUAUAUAACGCUAAAUAGGUUGCUCAUUGAAAAUUUAGUCACGUCGCCGACAUAUUCUGAAACUUUUAUUGUAGUGAAUGUUCAGAGUUGACUUUUCAAUUAACUUCUUCAGAUCACUGGGCUUGGCGAUUCCCGAGCUGAAGCACUUCGCAGAUGCUUCAGUCGCCGCAUCUCGGAUUCUCGAACGAAUCCAUCGAGUCCCGAGGAUUGACGCUGAAGAGGGAACCGGUCUUCAGCCGGAGGCGAUCAGUGGGGAGAUCGAAUUCGAGCGCGUACAGUUUGCUUAUCCUGCUAGGCCAGAUUCCGUCGUACUCAAUGACUUCAGCCUCAAAGUCCCCGCGGGGAAGACGGUAGCUCUUGUGGGAAGCAGCGGCAGCGGGAAGUCCACAGUGGUGGCUCUGCUGCAGCGGUUCUACGACGUUAGCAGGGGUGCGGUGAAGAUCGACGGCGUUGACUUGAGAGAGCUGCGGCUGAAAUGGAUAAGGACGAAGAUGGGCCUCGUGAGUCAAGAUCACGCUCUGUUUGCGACGUCGAUAAGAGAAAACAUUCUCUUGGGGAAGCCGAACGCCACCAUGGAUGAGAUCACAGCUGCGGCCAUGGCUGCCAACGCCCAUAGCUUCAUAAGCCAGCUCCCGCGGGGUUAUGAAACCAAGGUGAUUCCUUGAAUUCCAAUCAGAUUUUUGUUAUUGAAGGCUAAGCAGCUCUUCAUUUAUGCAGAACCCAACGUUCAAAAAGACUCUAAUUUUCAGUAUGCUGUCAAAAGCAUUAAGAAUUUACUUUGCCAGUUCUAGAGGACGAGAUUUUGCGCGUUCAAAACUCCUGCUCAUCUCCCUUUCGCAGGUCGGAGACAGAGGAGCGCUUUUGUCCACCGGUCAGAAGCAAAGGAUAGCCAUCGCCAGGGCAAUCAUUAGGAACCCGGUGAUCCUCCUCCUCGACGAGGCGACGAGUGCUUUGGAUUCUGUGUCGGAGAAGCUCGUGCAGAAUGCCCUUGAACAAGCGUCCAUGGGGAGGACGACACUGGUAUGAUCAUCUAUAGCCUUUAUUGCUAAGUUAUGCGUCUUGGUCCUCUUUUUGUAACCUUCUUACUUGUGAAAUCGUAAGAUUACGUACUUAUAAAUUUCAUGCGACCAUAGAUUGCGACGAAUCUUUGUGCAUGAUCAUCACGAUUUCAAGUAUAUUACACCAACUGAGACUUAUGCAUAAGCAUAUGUAUGAUUUCAAUUAUGUUAUAUCAACAGAGAUAAGGACAUAUCAACAUUGAAGAAGAAUCUAAGUUGCUCCUAAUGCCGUUUGCUUAAUACUGUUUUUAGGUGGUUGCCCAUAAGCUCUCCACCGUGAGAAACGCAGACCUGAUAGCCGUCGUUGAUGGGGGCAAGAUCGUCGAGAUGGGUUCCCACGAGAACCUUCUCUCCAUGAAGAGCGGUCUCUACAAUCGCUUAGUAAAGAUUCAGGGGGAGUGUAGAUCCGAUGAUCAAGAAUCAGGAUACGAGUCGGAUUUUCCCUCUUCAACCACGAGAAGCAGUGGGGGCCGGCACAGUCCACCCAAAUCAAACCUCGCCUCCCUCGAUUCUGGGAUAUCCGAUGAGAUCAUUUCCACAGGUUCUCUUCCUCCUCCAUCCUUCUCCAGGCUUCUCGCCAUGAACGCGCCCGAGUGGAAACAUGGCCUCGUGGGAAGCCUCUCUGCGGUUGUCUUUGGCGCCGUCCAUCCCAUAUAUGCCUUCUCCAUUGGCGGCAUGAUCGCGGCCUUCUACCUCCACGACACGAGGGAGAUGCAUGCAGUAAUCGGACGCUACUCUCUGAUGUUCGCCGCACUCUCGGCGGUUUCCACCGUAGUUACCCUGGCCCAACAUUACAGUUUUGCUUACAUGGGAGAGAAUCUGACAAGGAGAAUCAGAAUCAAGAUGCUGGAAAAUAUCCUCUCCUUUGAAGCUGCGUGGUUUGACGAAGAUCAGAACUCCAGCGGCGCCCUGUGCGGCCGUCUGAGCAACGAAGCGGCCAUGGUCAAACCCCUGGUCGCAGAGAGGAUCUCCCUUCUGUUGCAGACGGCGUCCGGAGUGGCCAUCGCCAUGACGAUGGGUCUUCUCGUAGCAUGGAAGCUGGCCAUCGUCAUGAUCGCCGUGCAGCCGAUGAUGAUUCUCUGCCAUUACGCAAAAGUUGUGGUGCUGACCAAGGCAUCGCUUGACUUCAUCAAGGAGCAGAACCGCAGCACCCAGAUUGCUAACGAGGCUGUGCAUAACCACAGGAUCAUCACCUCUUUCGGGUGCUCGAGUAGGGUCCUCCAGCUCUUCGAAGAGUCGCAGGAGGAGCUGAGAAAGGCAUCUUGGAGGAAAUCCCUGGUGGCGGGAAUAACCAUGGGGCUAUCUCCGUUUCUAGCUUUUACGUCAUGGGCUCUCGAUUUCUGGUACGGCGGUAAGCUGGUCCAGGCCGGGGAGAUGUCCGCGGGGGACGUAUUUAAGACCUUCUUCAUCAUGGUCAGCACGGGAAAGGCCAUCGCUGAAGCCGGGAGCAUGACCUCCGACUUAGCCAAGGGUGCAACUGCGGUCGCCUCCGUGUUUCGGGUGCUCGACAGGCAAACCCUAAGUCCUUCUUCGGGCGAUGUAAGUUAUAAUCUUCAAAUUAUGUGGGACAAAUUCUUGCUUAUCAUUUGACUUGAUAGCAUCUGACCGUGCAGAAGGAUGGCCAAGGUGGAGGACGAAGGUUGGAAAGAAUACAAGGGAAGAUAGAGAUGAACAAGGUCGACUUCGCUUACCCGACCAGACCUCAGUGCCCCGUGUUGCGAGACUUCUCCUUGCAGGUGAACACGGGGACGAGCAUGGGCCUCGUCGGAAGCAGUGGAUGUGGGAAGUCAACGGUUAUCGGCUUGAUCCAGCGGUUUUACGACGUCGGCCGAGGAGUGGUGAAGAUAGACGGUGUAGAUAUACGACAACUCGACCUCCGAUGGCUCAGAGGUUCCAUGGCCCUCGUCGGCCAAGAACCCGCGAUCUUCUCGGGCACCAUUCGCGAUAACAUCAUAUUCGGGAAGCCCGGGGCCGGCGAGGAUGAGAUCGUGAACGCCGCCAGGUCGGCCAAUGCCCAUGAGUUCAUAUCGUAAGUCUCAGCCAGUACAUAAUCGGAUGGAAUGAUCCUCGAUUUUCUCCCCGUUCUCAUUUUUUUGUUUCUGCAGAUCUCUCGAGCGUGGAUACGAUACAAACUGUGGGGAACGUGGAGUGCAGCUAUCAGGGGGGCAGAAGCAGAGGAUAGCCAUAGCCAGAGCCGUAUUAAGAGACCCAACGAUAUUGCUGCUGGAUGAGGCCACGAGCGCGCUGGACUUGCAGUCGGAGCAAGCGGUGCAGGAAGCCCUAGACAGGGUGAUGGUGGGGAGAACGACUGUUGUCGUGGCCCAUCGCCUUAACACUGUUCACAAGCUCGACGCUAUUGCCCUCCUCGUCGACGGGAGGGUGGCGGAGCAGGGCACCUACUCACACCUCAUGAAAAAGAGGGGAGCUUUCUUCGACCUCGCCGCCCUUCAGAGCUAA